CCAGUAGUGGACAAGGAUUUGAAAACUGAAAACAAUUGUGGACAAAGUGCUGGGCAUUGUAAAAAAAAGAAAAAAAGCUACGUAAGAUUACACUGAUUUAGUGAUGAGUGUACAGCAGUCGCUGAAAAACGCAAAGAGAAUGUUCAGAAAGCUUAUCACGUCCUUCCUAGCGGUUCUUGUUUUCACCAUCGCCUCGUUACUGUACAGCGGAACCUUUGACAUCCGCUCAUUGAACAUGGACAUCGCAGAUCAGGCGGAGGAAACACCUGUUGUCUUAUCGAAUGAUUUCGUCACUGAAUUCCGUCGAGACUUCGCUGAAUUCCCGACUGCCACGGCGUCCUCUUCGCCCGAGACGGAGUUCCUUUUGACCUCUGCGGAGUUAGAGGACUCUGACUUCGCCUACUGCACAUGCUCACUCUCCUCCAUGAGCUAUGCGGAUCUAUAUGAGGAACAGCUGAGCUCUACCAUCCCGUGGAUGAACCUCACCACCAGACAGGCGCUGGAGAAGCAGCAUCCCAACUUCCCUGUCAAUUUGCUCAAAGACUUGGAUGAGAAGUGGUGUAGCCUGUUGCCUCUGCCCCAUCUGAUAAAGUGGCGUAAUAUCUACUUCCAGUCUAUGAAGGUCUCCAACACCACUUUCCUGCUCUACUCGGCUUUCUUUGAUAACCGAGAACUCACAGAUCUGCGGCCCUGCAUCCGGAUAGUGGCGUACGCGAGAACAAAAUAUCCUGACGUUCCCUGGUGUUACAUCUGGUUCAACUCUACGGGGCCGCCCGUCGUCUCUCGCGUCGCCAGAACAGAAUACUUGGACUGGCAGGGAAGGUCAGAGACGCGGCAGAUGACCUUCCUGCUGACGUGCCCGAUACCCAAGGCCGAGGGUCACACUGUGCCCCUGGCUGUGUCUGUCAUCGCCCGGCCUUGUAUGACAGCAGGCACCUUAUUACAGGUGACGGGAGCGAUGGAGCGAAACGCAACGACGGCUUUCGAGGGAGGCGCGCCGGCGAGGGGAAGAGCGAGGACGCCGGGGAAAGAGGGGGGCGGGCGCUGGAGCGUGGCGGUGUGCGGGCCGGCGCUGUACUACUUCCACGAGGACUUCUCCGUGCGGAUGGUGGAGUGGCUGGAGGUCCUGCGGGCGCAGGGCUUCGCCAGGGUGUUCCUCUCGGUGACCGACGUCCACCCGAACCUGGAGAGGGUCCUGCGCUACUACGAGGCCCGAGGCUUCGUCGGGAUUGUGCGCUUCUCCUACCCGGAGCCCUACGUCAACGAGCCCAGCAUCCGCAGGGGCGGGCGCUGGAGCGUGGCGGUGUGCGGGCCGGCGCUGUACUACUUCCACGAGGACUUCUCCGUGCGGAUGGUGGAGUGGCUGGAGGUCCUGCGGGCGCAGGGCUUCGCCAGGGUGUUCCUCUCGGUGACCGACGUCCACCCGAACCUGGAGAGGGUCCUGCGCUACUACGAGGCCCGAGGCUUCGUCGGGAUUGUGCGCUUCUCCUACCCGGAGCCCUACGUCAACGAGCCCAGCAUCCGCAG